AUAUAAAUACUAAACUAUGUGUACUUGUAUUUCAAACGUAUCACUUUACCCAAACAAGUUUAGAACAAAGCGUAAUGCGAUCGUUUCAACUGGGCAGUUCUAUUCAAUGGAUAUUAUAUAAGAUUUACCACCAAGUAUGGUGCAUGGUUAGUGUCGAAAUGACUACGUACAGUCAACCUGGUGGAAAGCGGCAGAAGGUGAAGGAAAGAGCUGAUGCAGGAGACUAUUUCCAGGGCAUAGAAAAGAUCGAGUAUAAUAAUGCGGCGUCUGCAACCGAUACAUUGAAUUAUCGGUACUACAACUCUACGGAGCGCGUGCAUGCUAAAACAAUGGAGGAUUGGCUGAAAUACAGUCUGUCACUCACUGAAUUCAGGAAUGCCAGUGCCGAAUACCCGAAAAUCAGCAACCAUCGGCCCUGGGAUGACAAUUCCCAUUCCAUUGACAACUACAAGCGCUGCAUUAAAGCGUUUUUCGAUCUUUGUGCGAAACUCGGUAUCAAAUACUGGACAGCUUUGGAUUCCGAUUUGCUACCGAUAACGGACAGUUGGGACGAGAAUAAAACCAACUGGGAUGAUAUUGUGGAAUAUGUUCACGAGUUGAGCCAGAGAUACCAUGUUAAGUUGCUCUGGUUGGCGCCUGAUCUGCAAAUGCAUCCACGCUACACUACGGGAGCAAUCACUAACAACGACGCCAAUGUAUUCGCACAAUCGGCGUCGCAGAUUAAAAAAUGCCUCGAAGUAACACAUCGUUUAAAUGGCGAAUGUUUCAUGAUAUGGCCACACCGAGAGGGCUAUGAUGCAAUAUUCCAAUCCGAUGUUGCCAGAGAAUUGAAAUUAUUUGUGAAAUUACUAAAAAUAACUGCAGAAUAUAAGGACCGUUUGAAUUCCAAAAUACAAUUGUUGAUUAUGCCAUAUUGUGAGAGAAAAUUGAAAGAAAUGAUUAAUUAUUAUAUGUGGGAUAUUACGAGUUGUUUGUACUUUCUGAAGAACUACGGCUUGGAUCGGCAGUACAAAGUUUGUUCUUCGCCGGGACAUCACAUGUAUAUGGCCAAUAUUUAUAAUAUGCUGGGCGGUGUGUCACUGUCACAUCAGUUCGAUUUGUCAAAUAAUAAGAAUGUCACGCUGAUGAUGAAAAGUAUCAUUGAUCAGAAUUGCAUCCCACCGGGCGGUAUCAACUUAAAGGUAUCGGUACCACGCGAUACAGAAUUACGAGAUUUGGUUGUUUGUUACGUUAAAUACAUUGAUACGAUCGCCAAGGGAUUGCGAAUUGCAGCCAAUAUCGUCGCUGAACAGAUAUUUUCGAAACAUGUUCAGCAACGCUACAUUACCUACUUUAGUGGGUUUGGGUCUCGUGUUAUCAGCAGUGACGUCACAAUGGAGGAGUGCGAGGAAUAUUACAAGAAAAAUCAGCUCCACGAAGCGGCAAACACGAAGCGCGAACAUUUUGACUUUGUCUUCCAGAGAUACUUGGACACUUGCGAUCAUAUUUGACAACUUUUUGACAUCGAUUGUUGUAAACUUGAAUAAUCAUUUCUCACUUAAAAACAAAUCAUUUAUAUAGCCUAUGAAAACACAUCAAUGUUGCCAUUCUAUAGUCAAGCGUUGGACAAAUGAAAUUGACGAUUAUGAUUAAAAUAAAAAUUUAACUAUUGCCGAAUAAAAUAUGGUGUAGGUAUAUAGCUAUAGUAAUUUGACGUUGUGAAUCAAAAAAAUCCUUGAAUUUGAGUUUCUUGGCUAUGUGAGACACCAGAGGAAGUUAUACAAUCGAUUGUCAAUAUUAAGUAUUAUUUUAAUAGUAUGUUAACCCAAAAAAAUAACGACAACACCGGGAAGUAUACGUUUAUUUAGUUGUAGUGAUUUUUAAUAUAUACUUGGUCUUUCACCAUAUUUAAAGUAAGGCUCCGCACUGUAAUAUAGGAUAUAUUUUAAAAUACUUGGCCAUUGCAAGAAAAAGCUACAAAGAUCUUUUAAAACUAAAAAACUUCUCCUUCUACUUGACUGUAUCUUCAACGAUUAGUCGAAGGAUCUAGAAUUUUUAUGAUGGUUCAAUUUGUAGGACGUAAAAAAAUUCGGUAUUGAAAACAAGACGAGUACCCUAGAUCUUUUCAAGAUCCUUUUAGUUUUUUUACUUACAUCAAUACCGUGAUCUCAAUGUUGCCAUAAUAAAAAACUAAUUAAAGGUUUAUCGUUUUAAUAUUUUUGUUUUAUAUUCACAAUUAUGAAUUAUUACAUUAGUGUACGUACACAGUUGUUGUGCUUAACAGGACUUAGUUGUAAUCUAUGAAUACAUUGAUUUACAAAUUCAUUUUAAAAGCCAUAGACAAUGUACUGAGAUAUGUAAAAUUUUGUCGAGUGUUUGAGAAAUAGUAUUGAAAUGUUCUAUAGAAUUAAAUAUUGCCAAUUAUUUACGUGAUUUGAUGUUACAAAGUUAUUUUUUAUAAAAAACGCUUGUUAAAAGAACAUUUUAGAAAUUAGCAAUUAAAUAUUUUUAUGUUUGCUUUUGCAUUGCAGUUAUUUGUUAGUUUAACUUAUUGAAAGGCUACGUUUAACUUAAAACUAAAUUUUCGCAUCUAUAGGAUAUUUCAUACUCAUACUUUGCGACAAUACCAAACAUUACCCAGUACAUUGUUCAAACGCACUUGUAAUUGAUAACUUAGUUCGAAGAAACUUUUUCUUCUGUCACAAAUAGCACAUGACAGAUGACACUCAGUUAACACUUCGACAUGUUCUGAAUUCGGCCUAACAGUGUAGUUCUGACGUUGAUAAGGAAUAUCAUGUCAUAAAUUGUAUGACAUCUUUGUUUACACGUCAAACGCUUACUUCAAAAUUUUGAAUAAAAUCAUGAUUUAUUUUGCAUACAUUUAUUUAACAUAUUCCGCUAAUUCAAAGCUUAAUAUAUAAAAUAUACAAAUAUGUAUAUCAUACAGUAUGCCUUAGUAAUGUCCCAAUACCCUAAGGUAAAACUUGUAUAUCUGUAUAUAACGAAAGUGGUUUACAUAGUAACAAAUUAUUUUCUUAUUAAUAACUUAAACUUAACUUAACUAAAACUGCACUUAAUUACAAAAUUGAGAUAAAAUCAACCGGAAUAAAAUGGUCUCUGCAUAAUGUAAACAGUGUUUAAUAAAAUAUAUGUUUAAUUGAAAUAAUAAUUUCGGAGAUUAUUUAUGAGGAAAA